AUGACGAAUGGCGUAUUAAUAAGAUUCGGUAUUAUUUGUUUGCUAUCUUCAAAAUCACUGUUAAUCAUAAUGGAACCUUUUAAAAUUUUAGUAGAAGUCUUCAUACUCAGAAUUUCGAAAGUAUAUGAAAUAAGUGUAAGUGUAUUCUUAAAAUAUAAAAAGGUUAUAUACAAAAUUGAGCAAAAAAGUAAGACCACCUAA